AUGGACUCCGGGGGAAGUUCAACUACUACUAACCGUUCGUUGAAGCACGUUCGCGAUGGUAACGUCGGGGUAAAGGCUCAUGGCAACACCUUGAACGAGAAUGCUGCGGCGGUCGACUUGGUGUGGCUUGUCAAGUGGUUUAAGGAGUUUGCUGAAGAAGUAGGCGAGGUCGUCCCUGUUCGGGUUCGGAUGCAGAAGACCAAAGGCGGAGUCAUGAAGAAGUAUUACAAUAGCGAGUUGUACACAUUGCUGCCAGCACACUUCACGUGGGAUGCUAUUUACGAAGAGAUGCACAGCUACUCCCCUACAAGCAAUGUAUGUGACGUUUGCUCCAUCUACCACGCAAGUAUGCGGAAUGAUGUUACUGCGAAGAAGGCCGAGGUGUUGGGAAGGCACACAGAGUCGGCGCGCAGAAUGCGGUGUGAGUACAAGAACGACAAGGCUGCAGUGUCGGAUGACCAUGUGGUCCUUGUCAUGGACUAUUCGCAGAAUCGGACAUUCCCCAGUAUUACUAGUACUCCAUCGCAGUGGAACUUUUGCUCACUGCUAGCUGUGAACUGCUUCGGUAUCUACUACGAGAACGAUGGUACACAAACUAACUAUCUCUACGACGAAACCACCAGUGGAAAAGGUAGUGACCAGAUCAUCUCGAUUCCGGAGCACUUUUGA